GGGUCCACGUGGGCUCCAGGCGCUGCGUGCGUGGUGACGUAGAAGGCAUUAGGCGCCGCCGCCGCCGGCUUGUGCUGUCCGCCCGCCAUCUUGGCCCGCUCUGUGUGGAGGGACUCGGGCCAUCCUUCGGCCUCGAGUUGAGACGAUUUUGGAUUCGAUGAACUGAAAUGUCGGAAAAGUCAGGGCAGAGCACAAAGGCAAAGGACGGAAAAACCAAAUAUGCAACACUUAGUCUGUUUAACACUUAUAAAGGAAAAACUCUGGAAACACAGAAAACUACAGUUACAACACGCCAUGGGCUACAGAGUCUUGGGAAAGUUGCCAUUUCACGGAGGAUGCCACCUCCUGCUAACCUUCCGAGCCUUAAAGCAGAGAACAAAGGAAACGAUCCUAACAUAAACAUAGUGCCCAAGGAUGGCACAGGAUGGGCUUCUAAACAAGAGCAACAUGAAGAAGAAAAACCACCAGAAGUGCCACAAACUCAGCCAAAGCCUGAAGUUCCUGCUCCUCCAGAAGCUCCCCCUGUUGCCAGAUCAUGGGCUAGUACCAAGCAAGGUGGGCAGGGUGAUGGUCCUGGAGUUCAGAUAAAUAGCUAUUUUCAACAAGAGUUUCCUAGUCUGCAGGCAGCUGGAGAUCAAGAAAAGACAAAUAAAGAGAAGGAUUCAGCUGAAGAAGCUUAUGGUCCUGGACCCAGUUUACGACCACAAAAUGUUGCUAGUUGGAGAGACGGUGGAGGCAGGAAUUUGAACUCUCCAAACUCUCCAACUGAUCAAGAAGCAAAGCCUCUUGCUCAAGAAGAUGGUAAUGUGCCUGGACCAGUAGAACAGAAUGAUGGCCUCAAGGUACCAGAAAAGAGGGAUACAAGGGUAGCACAGCCUUCUCAACCGAAGUUGAAUGGUCAACAGCCUGGGCUCAUCCCUCAGUACAGAGCAAUGAUGCCACCCUAUAUGUUUAAUCAGUACCCUAAACUUGCAUAUCCUCCAAUGCCAAAUCCCAGCAGGUUCCCUUCACCAUCUGAGCUCAACCGAGCAUUAAGAGGAAGAGGACCCUCUUCAUGGAGCUCAGAUGGUAUAGAACGUCCAUCCAUCUUAAGUGCCAAUGAACUAAAAGAACUUGACAAGUUCGAUAAUUUGGAUGCUGAAGCUGAUGAGGGCUGGGCUGGAGCUCAGAGUGAGGUAGAUUAUACUGAACAGUUGAACUUCAGUGAUGAUGAUGACCAAGGAGGUAACCAGAAAGAACAUAAUAACAGUAAUGAAUCUACAAAAGACCUGGAGAAGAAAAAUGGAGAACAUAAAUCAUCUACCGCUUCUUUGCAAUCAAUUGGAUCAAAAGGCCCCUAUAGCAAAAGUGGUCAGUUUGACCAGCAGGGCCAGGGACUGUCACCAGCACAUUCUUUGGUGCUUGAGAGGGGCAGUUCUGGGCAACAUCCAAAAUCUGUCCUUCAGCAUCCUGUUCCAGAUCGAUUGCCAGGACCGGGAAAACAGGGUUCCUUUCCUCCUAGACCAGUGCCAGAUGAGGAUGAAAUUUGGAAGCAGAGGAGAAGACAGCAAGCAGAAAUAUCUGCAGCAGUAGAACGAGCCCGUAAAAGACGAGAAGAAGAGGAACGAAGAAUGGAAGAACAAAGAAAAGCAGCAUGUGCUGAGAAAUUAAAGCGAUUAAAUGAGAAAUUUGGAUGUGUAACAAAACCACUCCGGGAAGAUUCAUUGAAGGAAAAAGAAAAGAUGAAGGAGAAAGAAAUUGAAAAGGAGAGGGGGAAAGCAAAUGAAAAGGGGAAAGACAAAGUGAUAGUAAUUGAGAGAGAGGAAAAAGAAAGCCAAGAGAAAGAAAAAGAACCUGAAAAGGAGAAAGAGACAGAAAGAGAAAGAGAAGAGAAAGAAAAACCAGAAGAGAAACCUACACCUGAACUUUCUGAGCCUCAAAAACCAAUCACCCCACCUCUGAAAGUAGAGAAACCCGAAGAAAGUGAAACCAGCAAUGAUGAGGAAAGAGAAUGGCAAGCUGUUUCCGCUACACAGGAGAACAAUAAUAAUGAAAGAGAGAGUUCUCAUGAAAGUGAGGCAGAUUCUGGUGCUCACUCUCGCCCUGCUCUUUCUUCUGGCUAUUCAAAACAGUUUCAGAAAUCAUUACCACCAAGAUUUCAAAGGCAACAGGAACAGAUGAAACAGCAGCAGUGGCAGCAACAGCAACAAGGAAUCUUGCCACAAUCUACACCACAGCCUUCUAGUGGUCCUGUUCCACCCCCAGCACACAGACCACUAUAUCAACCCAUGCAGCCACAUCCUCCACAUUUGGCUUCUGUGGGCUUUGAUCCACGAUGGCUCAUGAUGCAGUCAUAUGUUGAUCCACGAAUGAUUUCAGGAAGAACUGCUAUAGAUAUACCACCCAUACACCCAGGAAUUAUAACUCCAAAGCCACUUCUGAGAAGAGAUCAAGUAGAAGGAGCAGGAACUGGAUCAGAUUCUUUUGACCAUGUCACUCGACCAACAAGGGAGCAUACUGUACCACUGUCAGACCCACACAUGAUGUGGGGAUCAGAUUCGUAUCCUCCCACAGAGCCUCCAGAGACUAAUACAUCUCCAAAACUCUUAGAAGAAACUGAAGAUAUGAGGCCCAAAGCACUUCUGAAUCAAGAACAAAUGACUGUUCAAGUAGUUUACUCAGGAGAACAGAGUCAGUUGGACUCCCUCACAAGGACAGACUUUUUCAAAGAACCUGCUGAAGUGAAUGUACAGAAGUCCCCAGUUGGACCUUCAAAAGAAGUAAAUCUUCAGCAGACUGACACACCUGCUCCUUCAACAGGUUUUGAAGUGGCUGCUGAAAAUGUCUUGCAAGUCUCCUGGAAAGAACAGGGGUCUAUAGAAGAGAGUAAUUCUUCCCCGAAGAACACCUUUUCCCAUGAGUCCAGCCAUUCUUCAAAGUCAGAAGAGCAAGGGAUUGAUACACUAGUAACUGUUCCCAAAGGAAACAGUAGGCAUAUUGAGCCCAAAGAAGCAGUGAUUGAAAGAAUGGAUAAUAAAUUGAAAAAAGAAGUCUUUACCACUAAUAGAUUAUCAGAAGGCUCCAAACCUGAGAAGUCCUUCAAGCCUAAAUCCGAAACUCGGUGGGGUCCAAGACCAGGUUAUGGCAGAAGAGAAGAAGGUAGUGAUAGGCCAGUAAGAAGAUCAGGUCCUAUUAAAAAGCCUAUCCUUCGAGAUAUGAAAGAAGAGCGUGAACAAAGAGAAGAACGUGAGCAGAAAAAGGAAAGAGAAGGGGGGAAACUGGCAAAUGAGAGAGUGAGCAAGAAUGAAAAAAGGGAACAACCUCCAGUGCCACCUUCCAAGCUAGAACCAGAGAAGACCAUUACAAAUGAUAAAAAGGAAUUGCAAAGAACACCACAAGCUUCAGAAUCUGCAAACAAUUUCAUGGAGUCUGGGACUACAGUUACACCUGUGCAUCAGCCUCCUGUUGUUCAGCAAUCAACAGUGAUAGCACCUGUGGUUCAACAUCCAGUUGCAAUCCAGGCACCACCACCUAUAAUUUCACAGCCUGCUAGUCCACAAAUUGCACUUGAACCUCCAUCCCUUACUGCCCAGCAGCUACCAAUUCAGCAGCCUGUCAAUACAACAAAAGAAGAAAAACAGCCAGAGACAGUAGUUAACAAAGAACGACCUAUAGAGAGACCUCAUAUGGAAACCAGACCUGUGAAAAGAGACUCUGGUUUGCCUCCCAGAACAUACUGGAAAGAAGCCAGAGAUAGAGACUGGUUCCCAGACCAGGGAUACAGGGGAAGAGGACGUGGAGAGUAUUAUUCUAGGGGGCGCAGCUAUAGAGGUUCUUAUGGUGGCAGAGGUAGAGGUGGAAGAGGCCACAACAGAGACUAUCCACAUUACAGAGACCCUAAGCCUAGAGUAGAGCAUGUGCCUUCUAGUUCUCUCAGACAGAGAGAAGAGAGUGAAACCCGUAGUGAGAGCUCUGAUUUUGAAGUAGUUCCUAAACGGCGAAGGCAGAGAGGAUCAGAAACUGACUCUGACAGUGAAGUGCAUGAAAGUGCAAGUGACACUCUUCUUUCAGAUAAAGACAGUUUAAGCAAAAGUAAACAUCCCAGAAGAGAGGAAAAGGCUGAGUUCAAAAAGCCUGCAAAAACCUUAUCUUUCAGACCUGAAAAUAAUGUUCAUGGGGAAAGUAGAGUUCUAGAUAAAACUUAUGGAAGGGAAGAUGAGAAUAAGCCCAAACCAGGCUUUCUUCCUAAAGGAGAACCUUCUAGACAUGGAAGAGGAGGAACGUUUAGACGUGGAAGUAGAGAGCCAGUUAGCCGUCCACCUCGGGCAUCAACUCUUAGGAGACCAGGAUACAGAGAGAAUCAGUGGAACCCAAGACAGACAGAAGCCACCAAAGUUGAAGAUGGAGAAUCCCAAGGAAGGCAGGAGCAUUAUGGUUCUAUACCACUAGAAAAAAGGCAACCUGCAAAGUUUGAGAGGAAAUUUGAUCCUGCUAGGGAAAGGCCUCGGAGACAAAGGCCUGCACGACCUCCCAGGCAAGAUAAGCCACCACGCUUUAGACGUCUAAAAGAAAGAGAGGCAGCAUCAAAAAUAAGUGAAGCCACCACCAGUUCCUCUUCAAGUGCUGCAGUGAGCAAUAUUCUUAAUGAGCAGCCGAGUACUACUUUAGAUGUUUCAGGAAUCAAGACACCUGAUUUAUCAAAUCAGAACUCUUCAGACCAAGCAAAUGAAGAGUGGGAAACUGCUUCAGAAAGUAGUGAUUUCAAUGAGAGGCGUGAGAGGGAUGAGAAGAAAUUAGCAGAUGUCAUGGCACAGGUAAUUGUUAAAGCAGGAGAAAAUAUGCUAACUCCCAAAAGAGAAAUUGCCAAGAGAAGUUUUUCCAGUCAGCGACCAGGGAUUGAUCGGCAGAAUCGCCGUGGCAAUAGUGGACCACCCAAAUCUGGACGGAACUUUUCAGGACCAAGAAAUGAAAGGCGAAGUGGUCCCCCAAUAAGAAGUGGGAAAAGGGGACCAUUUGAAGAACAGACACCAGUGGUGAUUAGUGCUGAGCAAAUCAGCAACAGCUUACAUCUAGAAGAAAGUGGAAGCAGUACUGCUGCAUUAAAAGGGUCUAAAGAUGCCAACAAUAAGAAGCGAGAAGAACCCAAAGCUGGUCCAAAGAAACCCAAAGAGAAAGUGGAUGCAAUCUCGCAGUUUGAUCUUAACAACUAUGCAAGUGUUGUCAUUAUUGAUGAUCACCCUGAGGUGACAGUAAUUGAGGAUUCCCAGUCCAAUUUGAACAAUGAUGGUUUCACUGAAGUGGUAUCGAAAAAGCAACAAAAACGCUUACAAGAUGAAGAACGCAGAAAGAAGGAGGAACAAACAGUACAGGUUUGGACAAAAAAGAGUUCAAAUGAAAAAGGAAGAUGCUCAAAUUCUAAGCUACCACCCAGGUUUGCAAAAAAACAACAGCAAGCAGCUGCAGCUGCAGCUGCAGCUGCUCAACAGGUUCAGGCUCAGCCACAAAUGCCACUACAGUGUGUAUCUCAGGUUCCAAGUCCACAAACUACUGUUCAGCCACAAACACAGGCCAUCUCUCCAGUGAACAACAGCACAGAAUAUACUGCAGUAAGCAAAAGUCUGCAAAAUACUCCUCAUGUAGGAAUUGAACUGUGGGAUAAUAAAGUUCCAGCUACAACAGUUCUUGGUGACAUCUCUAAAAAAUUGGGACCCAUUAGUCCUCCACAGCCUCCUUCGGUCAGUGCAUGGAAUAAGCCUUUGACAUCAUUUGGAUCAGCUACAUCUGCAGAAGGAACUGCAGCUGGCCAGGACAGUGGAAAUGAUUUAGGAAUAGAAACUAUCCAGUUUGGAGCUCCAGCAUCUAGUGGAAGUGACAAUGAAGUUGGUCCAGUUUCAGAGAAACCCUCUGAGAAGCUUCUUGAACCAAAAGAGCAAAGGCAAAAGCAGCCCCGUGCAGGCCCAAUAAAGGCACAGAAGCUUCCAGAUUUGAACCCAGUAGAAAAUAAAGAGUAUAAGCCAGGUCCCAUUGGGAAAGAGCGGUCACUAAAGAACAAAAAAGUAAAAGAUGCUCAGCAAGGCAACUGUGAGGUACAAGAGAAAUCCAGUCCUACUACAGUCCAAAGUCCAGACCCUAUUACUUCAAAAGAAACCAAGGCAGCUGCUGAGCUUGAUACUGAAAUGGGAACAAUGCUAUCGGUGUCUGCUCCAGAGUUUGAAGCAGCCCAGAAGGAGUCUGUAACAGAUUACACAAUCCCUUCAUCCCAUUCCAGUACAGUGGCAACAAGCAGUGCAAAGAUGGAAGAGGCUUUAGUGACAAAUGUGCCCCUGCCCCACACCCUUCCCCUCCCUAGGAGGGAGACUCUACAACAGAGCUCCAGCCUAACUUCAGUUUCUCCCGUUACCUUCGACCUCACCCUCAAGAUGGAAUCUGCUCGCAAAGCAUGGGAGAAUUCACCAAAUGUGACAGAGAAGAAUUCAGCAGCGACCUCAGCAGCAUCUCCUGUUACUGGUGGCAAUAGUAGUGGAAGUGGAGGUGGGGACAGCAGUAACAGCAGUGGACCAACCAGUGGUGCAUACAGUUCUUUUUCAAGUGCACCAAUGCCUUCUAUUCCUGUGGCUUCAGUUACACCUACAACAUCAUUGUCAGGAGUUGGAACGUAUACCACCUCUUCACUGAGCACAAAAACCACCACGACCUCUGACCCACCUAAUAUCUGUAAAGUGAAGCCACAACAAUUACAGACAAGUACUUUGGCAUCUACUGGUCAUUUUUCCCAACUAAGUUGUAUGCCAUCGCUAAUCGCCCAGCAACAACAGAGUCAACAAGUCUAUGUAUCUCAGUCAGCAGCAGCUCAAAUUCCAGCUUUUUAUGUGGAUACAAGCCAUUUGUUCAAUACCCAGCAUGCACGCCUGGCUCCUCCUUCACUGGCCCAGCAGCAAGGAUUUCAACCAGGACUCUCACAGCCUACUUCAGUACAGCAGAUACCAAUCCCAAUAUAUGCACCACUGCAAGGCCAGCAUCAGGCUCAGCUAGGUUUAGGAGCAGCUCCUGCUGUCUCCCAGGCUCAGGAACUAUUUAAUUCUUCAUUGCAGCCCUAUAGAUCACAACAGGCAUUUAUGCAAAGUGGCUUGUCUCAGCCCUCACCAGUCGUUCUUUCCGGUACAACCUUACACAACUUCCCAGCAGUGCAGCAUCAAGAGCUUGCAAAAGCACAGACAAGCCUUGCAUUUCAACAGACGUCUAACACUCAGCCUAUUCCUAUCCUGUAUGAGCAUCAACUUGGCCAACCUUCAGGACUAGGAAGUUCUCAGCUUAUUGAUACUCAUCUUCUCCAGGCCAGAGCUACUCUUACCCAGGCCUCAAAUUUGUAUUCUGGACAGGUUCAGCAACCCGGUCAGACAAGUUUUUACAACACUGCUCAGUCUCCUAGUGCUCUCCAGCAGAUGACAGUACCAAUACCCGGAUCACAACUUUCUUUGCCCAACUUUGGAUCAGCAGGACAGCCUUUAAUUGCUCUUCCACAAUCCCUUCAACCUCCGUUGCAGCAUACAGCACCACAACCUCAGGCUCAGAGUCUGAGUCGGCCAGCACAAGUAGGCCAGCCUUUCAGAGGGCUAAUUCCAGCCGGAACUCAGCAUAACAUUAUAACUGGGAAGAUGCCAGAAAUGGAUCUGAAGGCCUUUGGAAGUGGCAUUGAUAAGCCAGGCACACCUCCAGUUCCUGGGCGAAGCACCACUCCAACGUCUAGUCCAUUCCGGGCUACUUCUACAAGUCCGAACAGUCAAUCCAAUAAAAUGAGUACUGUUGUCUACCAGAAGCAGUUUCAAUCGGCAGCAGUCAGAAUGUCCCAGUCCUUUCCUCCUCAGUUCACACCUCAGAUCCUCUCUCAGCCUAACCUGGUCCCUCCAUUGGUAAGAGCCCCACAUACUAACACCUUCCCAGCGCCUGUUCAGAGGCCGUCAGUGGCACUGGUUAGUCAGAUGCCACCUCAGAUGACCACAGGCCUUUUGAGCCACCCUCGUUUACCACAUGUGGCCAGGGGUCCUUGUGGAUCACUCUCUGGAGUCAGAGGCAAUCAGCCCCAGACUGCGAUGAAGGCUGAACAAGACAUGAAGGCAAAGCAGAGAGCAGAAGUCCUUCAGUCCACACAGAGAUUCUUUUCUGAGCAACAACAGAACAAGCCAACAGGAGCCAAAUUACAAAAAGUGGGCGACAAUGGGAAUAAAGUUCCUGAUGCAGUAUCAGACUCCACUUCCACAGCAUGUCAGGACAAGGUACAGGAGAAGCCAGGUCCUGCACCUGCAACAGCCCCCAAGCCUAUUAGAACUGGACCAAUCAAACCCCAGGCCAUCAAGACAGAGGAAACAAAAUCUUAAGAGCUGUGCCCAUUUUGCCAAUAUGGGGAGUGAAACGACAGCAACACAAACCUUCAGUGCCUAAGGGCAAGGCAUGUUCCUUCAAGGCUAUAAGUGGAAUAAAAAGAUGUGGAUGAGAGCAGAAACAGUCUGUAAUGGUCUUGAGGAUCUUGGAGCAUGUAGUUUCCAUGCCACUGCAUUAAAGAGUGUUAUCUUUUUUGAACUGAGACACUUACCUGCUUUCUAAAGAGGGCGAUUAAGAAAUAAUGCUCCUGAGCUGGCAACUGACGGUAAACACUUUGUUGUUUGUUUGCUGCUGUUUCAUUUUGAGAAGAGCAACAAAUUAGAGAAGGCCUUGCUGGACAAAAGUAGGUUUGGCUUUAUGUUGCUGGGAGUCCCAACAGGAGGUUGAUCUUUCAUAAUGAAGCAAGAGAAUUUUGGUAAUUGUUAAGUCACACAGAGCAACUUAAUCAUACACUCCACUCCCACACCCCAAUUCAUUCUCUGUGUGUUCUGUGUCAGAUGUCCCAAAAAAGCUGCUACUAUAGUUUGAUAUGGUGCUGAACUCAAUUAAAAAGAAAGAAAAGCUCAUUAGCCCCCUUAUUACUCUUAUACCAGAAGUGCAGACUUUAAGAAAUCUCUUUUUAAGGGUUUACAUUGACAGUCAUAUUGAGGCAUGGCUGAAUGGUAUUGGGGGUGUGGAAGCUUUUUGCCUUCAAACAGUAUUCAGCUUAUGUCUGUAUAGAGCAAGCAUUUGACCUUGUGCCACAAGAGAGCAACCUCUAAAAUGGCACAUUCUGAUAUCAAAACUGCAUCACCCCUCCUCCUUGCUCACUGUGUGCUGGGAAAUAGAAUCAAGUCAAAUAAUGCCUUCUUAAUUGUUUCCUUCUAGUAGUAUAGUUGUAGGAAAGUACUGUAUCAUAACUCCUGUGAAUGUAAAAUAUUGUAUACUUGCUUAUGAUGUAGUUGUGACUGUGCGAUAGCAGAGCUGUUUAAUGACGUUACUCUAGACUUUUCAAGCCGUGAUUGGAAGUUACCAAGAGCACCAGUGCCACAGAACCAGUUGCAGAACUGUUUUCUUUAAAAAUUAUUUUUUCCUCUUCUUCUUUCCUUUCCCAGUCUUUCCUGGAACAAAGAGUGAGAUAAAAGUCUAAUGUGUAUAAUUUUGUUCAGAUGAUGGCAGAAGCUGGAAAAGUCUGUUGCUGCUAUUGAUACCUAAUGAAAUGGUAUUGGUUAUCUUUUUUAUAUAAACAUUAUAAUUUGAAUUUUUGGAAAUUUAGCUGUGAUGUCAGCUUUGGGGAAAAGGUAUCCACUUGUACUGUGAGUUGGCAUUGUACAGAAAUUAACAGCCAUAUUGGUCUAGAAAUGUUUAAACUUUUUCAUUUGUACAGGGGUAACGCACUGUAUUAAAUAUGUAAGGUCUUAUUUACAUGGGUUUGAUUACAGAAACUAAUAAAUAUUCUCUACAUAAAGUG